AUGGCCAUCCGAUACACUGCAGCCUUUCUGCUGCACCUGCGCGAGUCGCCGCUAUGUACCCGACCAGACAACCUCCCCCCCGCGGAGGAGUGGAUGGGUGCGACACCCGAACAGCUUCGCGCCCAAAGUAAAGCCGCCGGCGACAAGCCGCGGGCAGCCGACAACCCUUUGCUUGACCAGACCAACCGCCGACCCGGCCUCGAUCGUUCCCGCAACAGCGCAAACCCUGAUGACAUUGUCUUCGGACCCCCUCGCAUGGCUUUUUCGUCCGCCAGGGGCAACAAGACACUGGAAAACGACAAAGGCUCCAAGGAGCCCGAGACCCCCGGUCGCACCAGUUUGCGGGGCCGAAACGGCGAUGUGGAUGGAGAUCGCCUUCGCGAAGGCCGGAGUAGCACUCAUCUCCGUCGCAGCGAUGCCGACCAGGAUGGAGAUGGCUGGAGCACGGUCAAGCCGCGCAAGAGCUUUGAUCGAGACGAGCGAGACGCGACGCGCGACCGCCCCACCCGGUCUUUUGACUCCUUUGUUCGAGACAGGGAACCCGCCGAUGGUGAGGGCCGAACACGCAACGGACUAGGCAGAAACAAGCUCGACCCCUGGCGAUCAAGCGACGCCAAGGACAGUCCUCAGCCAGAAAGGCGUGAGCGCGACCGGACAAAAAGCUGGCGUGACCGGGAUAAGGAGCCCGAGCCAUCGUCAGACGAUCGCGGAGGGGGCCGGACAUCUGACAGGCGAUGGGGUCGUGAGCGUGAUCAUAAGACCGAACGAGAGCCCGAGUGGCUGGACGAGCCGCACGUCGAGCAGCGCGAAGCCCAUACCCAGCAAGACUUCCAGAAAUGGAUGGAGCAGAUGAAAGCGGCUAAGAGCGGCGGGUCUGCUUCGAGCAAGCCUGCCGCUGCUGCAGCCCCCGAGGCCGUCACCGAGGCGCCCAAGCGCUCGGCGCCAGCGCCCGUCGAAGUAGGGCCCGACAAAUUCUUCAUGGCUUUUGGUGGCGGCUCCAGCACGGCGCUCGACACUACUAGCCCUUCCGAGCCAAAGGAGACGCCCGCGAAGGCCAAGCCGGCCGGAAAGUCAUCGAGGUUCACGUCCUUUUUCUCCCAACCCCAUCAGGACGGGCGAGUGAGGUCCGAGGCCUCGACGCCUCUCGCAGGACCCCCGGCCAAUGGGCCCGCUCCCGGCGCCGGGGUGGCCAUGUCUUCCGCGCCGGCUCCAGAAGAAGAGCGACAGGCCUUUCAGCAGCUGCUCGCCAAGUUGCAGAAGCAGAGCAUGAGCGCUACUCCUCCGGGGCUCUCUCCGUUUGCGGCUCCGCAGCAGCAAGGGGUGCUUGUGGAUACAGACAAGAAAAGCGCCAUUGCUUCUCCUGAGCCCUUCCAGCAGUAUGGCGGCGAGCGCCGCGACGGUCCGUUGGUGGCGGCACCCCCUCAGCACCCCCACGAAAUCCUCGCCCCUCGACCACAGCAGCAGUCUGCCCGUCCCGAUCAGCUCCUCCAAGACCUAGUUGGGCAUCAUCAGCGCGUAUCUAGCCAGGGAUCCCUGCGGCCCGAGGUCAAUUCCGCCCGCAACAACAGCAACACCGAGUUCUUGAUGAACCUGAUGAGGGCUGCGCCCGAAUUGCAGCGUGCAGAGCACCAAGCACGGGUCCAGCAGCCUCAGAAGCCUGGCGCUGUGGCCCCCUUUACCGAGCGCGAACCUGAGUUCCUUGCGCGCGAGAAUCGCGGCACCCAGCGCCAGAUGCGUCCUCAGCCUCCACCGGGCUUCCCGAUGGACGAACCUUUCCACGGAGCGGAUCAAGAGCAGCGCCAGGGCCAGCCCACGCAAAUCCUGCAGCGACCGCCGCCGCCUCCGGGGCUUGACCAGAUACCCCCCGAGUGGAUGGCCAGAGGCGGGCAGAUGCCGCCGCCACAGCAGCGUGGGCCCAUGAUUCCACCGCCCGGGUUGGCCGGCGGACCGAGCAGAAAUGUGCCCCUGCAGCACAUGUUCCCGCCCAACUUUCCUCCGGCCGGGGUACCGCCACCUGACGCGAUGGGAGCAAUGCCGCCUCGCAACCUCCCCAUGCCGCCACCGGGCUUCUUCAACGGCCCGCCCCACGGCUUCGUCCCGCCUGGCCUGGGUGGGUUCAACGGACCUCCCGGCCCGGAGUCGCACAUGUUUGGCGGGUCUCCGUUUGAGAACCGAGGGAUCCCGCCCUCGAGCGGUCGCGGUGCCAGCUUCAGCCGCCCUUGA